AUGUCGGGCUUCGACGACCCCGGCGUGUUCUACAGCGACAGCUUCGGGGGCGACCCCGCGGCCGACGAGGGCAGGGCCCGCAAAUCGCAGCUGCAGAGGCGCUUCAAGGAGUUCCUGCGGCAGUACCGCGUGGGCACCGACCGCACCGGCUUCACCUUCAAGUACAGGGAUGAACUCAAGCGGCAUUACAACCUGGGGGAGUACUGGAUCGAGGUGGAGAUGGAGGACCUGGCCAGCUUUGAUGAGGACCUGGCCGACUUCUUGUACAAGCAGCCGACGGAGCAUUUGCAGCUGCUGGAGGAAGCUGCCAAGGAGGUGGCCGAUGAGGUGACCCGGCCCCGGCCCAGUGGUGAGGAGGUGCUCCAGGACAUCCAGGUCAUGCUCAAGUCGGACGCCAGCCCGUCCAGCAUUCGCAGCCUGAAGUCAGACAUGAUGUCACACCUGGUGAAGAUCCCUGGCAUCAUCAUCUCCGCGUCUGGGGUCCGCGCCAAGGCCACCCGCAUCUCCAUCCAGUGCCGCAGCUGCCGCAACACCCUCACCAACAUCGCCAUGCACCCCGGCCUGGAGGGCUACGCCCUGCCCAGGAAGUGCAACACGGAUCAGGCUGGGCGCCCCAGGUGCCCGCUGGACCCGUAUUUCAUCAUGCCCGACAAGUGCAAGUGCGUGGACUUCCAGACUCUGAAGCUGCAGGAGCUGCCUGACGCAGUGCCUCACGGUGAGAUGCCCAGGCACAUGCAGCUCUACUGCGACAGGUACCUGUGUGACAAGGUCGUCCCCGGGAACAGGGUCACCAUCAUGGGCAUCUACUCCAUUAAGAAGUUUGGCCUGACCUCCAGCAAGGGCCGAGACAGGGUGGGCGUGGGCAUCCGGAGCUCCUACAUCCGUGUCCUGGGCAUCCAGGUGGACACAGAUGGCUCUGGCCGCAGCUUUGCUGGGGCCGUGACCCCGCAGGAGGAGGAGGAGUUCCGGCGGCUGGCUGCCCUCCCCAAUGUCUACGAGGUCAUCUCCAAGAGCAUUGCCCCCUCCAUCUUCGGGGGCACGGACAUGAAGAAGGCCAUCGCCUGCCUGCUCUUUGGGGGCUCCCGGAAAAGGCUCCCUGAUGGACUCACUCGCCGAGGAGACAUCAACCUGCUGAUGCUGGGGGACCCGGGGACGGCCAAGUCCCAGCUGCUGAAGUUUGUGGAGAAGUGCUCUCCCAUUGGGGUGUAUACAUCUGGGAAAGGCAGCAGCGCGGCAGGCCUGACAGCCUCGGUGAUGAGGGACCCCUCGUCUCGGAACUUCAUCAUGGAGGGCGGAGCCAUGGUCCUGGCUGAUGGCGGGGUCGUCUGUAUCGAUGAGUUUGACAAGAUGCGAGAAGAUGACCGCGUGGCAAUCCACGAGGCCAUGGAGCAGCAGACCAUCUCUAUCGCCAAGGCUGGGAUCACCACCACCCUCAACUCCCGCUGCUCCGUGCUGGCUGCUGCCAACUCGGUGUUCGGCCGCUGGGAUGAGACGAAGGGGGAGGACAACAUCGACUUCAUGCCUACCAUCUUGUCCCGCUUCGACAUGAUCUUCAUCGUCAAAGACGAGCACAAUGAGGAGAGGGACAUGAUGCUGGCCAAACACGUCAUCACUCUGCACGUGAGCGCGCUCACACAGACCCAGGCGGUGGAGGGGGAGGUGGACCUGACCAAGCUGAAGAAGUUCAUCGCCUACUGCCGAGCGAAGUGUGGCCCCCGGCUGUCAGCGGAGGCCGCGGAGAAGCUGAAGAACCGGUACAUCCUCAUGCGCAGCGGGGCCCGUCAGCACGAGAGGGACAGCGAGCGGCGCUCUAGCAUCCCCAUCACUGUGCGGCAGCUGGAGGCCAUCGUGCGCAUCGCCGAGGCCCUCAGCAAGAUGAGGCUGCAGCCCUUCGCCACGGAGGCGGACGUGGAGGAGGCCCUGAGGCUCUUCCAGGUGUCCACGCUGGACGCCGCCUUGUCGGGCACCCUGUCAGGGGUGGAGGGCUUCACCAGCCAGGAGGACCAGGAGAUGCUGAGCCGCAUCGAGAAGCAGCUCAAGCGCCGCUUUGCCAUCGGCUCCCAGGUGUCGGAGCACAGCAUCAUCCAGGACUUCACCAAGCAGAAAUACCCAGAGCACGCCAUCCACAAGGUCCUGCAGCUCAUGCUGCGGCGCGGCGAAAUCCAGCACCGCAUGCAGCGCAAGGUCCUCUACCGCCUCAAGUGAGCCCCGCCGCCUGCGCGCCCACAGCAGGAAUGCCGCCCCCGAGAUGCCUGCCCGUCACUGUCGUCUUGAACUUCCCUCCAGCUCGCCUCUGUGCCGGGGGUGGAGGGGCCCACCUGCCCCACAGAAGGAGUGCCUGUUCUGCUGGUUGCCUCUGGCGUCAGCCCAGACAGGUCCCGAAAGUGUGCUUUUGGGGUUCAUUGACAUAAUAAAGCCGUGUGUGUGGAUACGUGGAGGCUUCUGCUGGGUGUCUGACCCGCUCUCCCACUUAGGCCCUCACUUUUGGGUUCCGGGUUCCUCAGCUGCUCUUGGGGAUGAUAGAGCUGCUGUCUUGCUGGCCCUGGUGACAGUUCAGCUGGACCCAGUGUGUGUGGAGGUCUUUGUAAGGGGGUGAGCUUGACCCAGCAGCUGUGUGGUUGGGCAGGAGAUACGUUUUUUUUUUUUUUUUAAAUUUGUUUUAUUGCUUAAAAUAAUACAAAGAGUAUUACACAUGUCUCCUUUUUU